GCGGAACUAGAUGGGAACAGGCAGGCCAGACUGGCUCUGACAGCAGAAAUACGUCUGUCGUUUGGGGGGACAAACACUCAAAACAUUUUCGACGCUGGUGUUUGUUUAUUUAAUUUGAAAGUCCGAAUGGUGUGGCAGUAGAAGACACGUCAGCAUGGCACUCAUCUGGGAGCACCUCUCGACGACGCCGAAACUACGGGUGCCACUUUUCGCCCUUAUUCUCUUUCUUGUUGUCUCUCUUGGUGACGCCAGGCUGCACCGGACACGAAGCGUCACCCCCUCGAGGGAGGAAACGGUAGAAACUUACAACAGAUACUACAAUUAUGUUGAGCUAACCGAUAUUUUACAGUCCUUAGCUCAGAAAUACCCCCAAAUAGCUAAACUGUCGAGCAUAGGUCGGUCUGUGGAUGGUAGGGAGCUCUGGGUGAUGCGGAUCACCAAGGAUCCCAACAUAGAGGCACCGGGUAAACCGAAAUUUAAAUACGUUGGGAACAUGCACGGCGACGAAACCGUGUCCAGGCAGGUGUUGGUGUACCUUGUGGAGUACCUGCUGGCUGAAUAUGGGGAGGAGCCGCGUAUUACUGAGCUGGUGGAUACCACGGAUAUUUACAUCAUGCCCAGCAUGAACCCCGACGGCUUUGAGAAGUCCAUAGAGGGGGACUGCAACGGCGACAACGAGGGUCGAAAUAAUGCCCGAAACAAAGACCUCAACAGAAGCUUUCCUGACCAGUUUGAUGGGACGAGUGUCAGCCCAGAUAGUAUCCCCGAGGUCAUGGCUGUGAUCAGAUGGAUCAAGGAGAAAAAGUUCGUGCUGUCAGGAAACCUGCACGGCGGCACUGUGGUUGCCAGUUACCCUUUUGAUGACUCAGCCUCCCACCAGCAGCAGGGCCACUACAGCCCGUCAGAGGACGACAGUCUGUUUCGCCACUUGGCCCUGGUGUAUUCCCAACGCCACCCUAUAAUGAAGACUGGUCAGCCAAACUGCCCCGAUGCGAUGGACGAAACCUUUAAAGAUGGCAUCACCAAUGGGGCGCAGUGGUAUGACGUACCUGGAGGGAUGCAGGACUACAACUACCUCUAUGGAAACUGUCUGGAAAUCACCGUGGAGCUGAGCUGUUGCAAAUAUCCUCCUGCUUCCGAGCUCCAUAAGGAAUGGAAUCUGAAUAGGGAAUCCCUACUAGCCUACAUUGAAAAGGUCCAUAUAGGUGUCCGCGGCUAUGUGAAAGAGGCCAUCAGUGGCGCUGCUCUCAGCAAUGCCAACAUUGUAGUGGUAGGCAUUCGUCACAACCUGACCACAGGAAACUACGGGGACUACUACCGCCUCCUACUCCCAGGAACAUACAACAUCACAGCUGUGGCCCCAGGGUACACAUCAGUGACAGUCUACAGUGUCCAUGUCAUGGAGGGCAAAGCCACAGAAGUUAACUUUACCUUGGCACCUGUGGUCAAUGAGGCAGCUGGUGGCACCACUGUGACCACAUACUCUGUGCCAUCCACCAGUGACACAAACAUCUCCACCACCACUGCCAUCUCCUCUAACUCUACCCACACCCAAGUGACUCCUUCUGAGGGAAACAAGGACAGUCCUUCUGUGCUUCCUCCCGAACCCCAGCCCAUCCAGCCCCAGGAAUUUCGUCACCACAACUACGCAGACAUGGAGCUGUUCUUACGCAAGUACAGCAGCGAGUUCCCCUCUAUCACCCAUCUUUAUUCAGCUGGCCGCUCCGUGGAAGACCGUGAGCUCUAUGUGAUGGUCAUCUCAGACAACCCUAAUGUCCAUGAGCAUGGUGAGCCAGAGUUUAAGUACAUAGCCAACAUGCACGGUAAUGAAGUGGUGGGCAGAGAGUUAUUACUCAACCUCAUCGAGUACCUGUGCCGUAACUAUGGUACUGAUACAGAGGUCACUAAGUUGGUCAACAACACCCGCAUUCACAUCAUGCCUUCCAUGAACCCUGACGGCUAUGAGGUAGCCACUGAAGGUGAUGUAAAGGGCUACAAAGGACGCAACAACAGCAACAAUUUCGACCUGAACCGCAACUUCCCAGACCAGUUUUCCACCAUCACAGAGCCCAGGCAGCCAGAGACUAUAGCUGUGAUGAACUGGCUGAAGAGCAUCCCCUUCGUCCUGUCAGCCAACCUCCAUGGAGGUUCCUUGGUGGUCAACUACCCCUAUGAUGAUGACAAAAAAGGAACGACUGAGUACAGCCUGUCACCUGACGACAAAGUCUUUCAGCAGGUGUCUAGAGCCUACUCACAGGAAAACCCUCUGAUGCACAAUGGACACCCUUGUGACGACCUGUACCCUGGUGAAUAUUUUGAAGAUGGGAUCACCAACGGUGCCAACUGGUACAAUGUUCCUGGUGGCAUGCAGGACUGGAACUACUUAAACACCAACUGUUUUGAGGUCACCAUUGAGCUGGGCUGUGUGAAGUACCCUAUGGCCAAGAACCUGCCCAGAUACUGGGAACAAAACCGACGUGGCUUGCUUCAGUUUAUGCACCAAGUCCACAGGGGAGUAAAGGGCACUGUCUCUGACAUAAGGGAUGGUACAGGAAUUCCCAAUGCAACCAUUAGUGUGCAGGAGAUAGACCACAACGUCACCACGGCUCGUGCUGGAGACUACUGGAGACUGCUGACCCCUGGGACUUACUCUAUAACUGCCACCGCCCAUGGAUAUAAACCUCUGAGUACCUACGCCACAGUCUCAAAGGAUGGAGUAGAGGUGGUGGACUUCAGACUGAAACGUGUACAUUCAGAUCCCAAUGGCCAGUCUCUCGAGGGCCCCCAACCCACACAGAACCCAUCUGAGAAGGAGUUCCAGAGCCUAAUUAAGGACCUCUCUUUAGGCCAGGGUUUGGAGCAAUUGGUCAGGAACACACCCACUGAGAACACCUUCCGCUACCGACGCUACAAAGAGCUGUCCGGCGUCGUGAGAGGCCUCACACUUAAUUUUCCCCAAAUUACAUCUUUACGCAGUUUGGGCCAAAGUGUAGAGUUUCGAACCAUUUGGGCUCUGGAAAUCUCCAACAAACCAGGGGAAGCUGAACCAUCUGAGCCCAAGAUCCGCUUUGUAGCAGGGAUCCAUGGCAAUGCUCCGGUGGGCACAGAGCUGCUGCUGGAGUUUGCUGCCUUCUUGUGUAUCAACUAUGGCAAGAACCCAGCUAUCACCAGGCUGAUCAAUGAGACCCGGAUUGUGAUCGUGCCCUCUAUUAACCCAGAUGGACGAGAACAGGCUGUUGAGAAGCAGUGCACCUCCACCCAGGGCUUGAGCAAUGCUCAUGGGAAGGAUCUGGACACUGAUUUCUUUGGCAAUGCAUCACAGCGUGUGGUGGAGGCCCAACCAGAGACCAGAGCGAUGAUGGACAUGAUUGUGGACAAGAGCUACACUCUAUCUGUAGCCCUUGAUGGAGGCUCCCUUGUUGCUACCUACCCGUAUGACAAGCCUGUCCAGUCAGUUGAAAAUGAGGGCACACUGAAGUACUUGGCAAGUGUUUAUGCCAACAACCACCCCAAGAUGCAUCUGGGGGAUACUGGCUGUUCAAAUAAUGGUCAGAUGGGAAACAUCCCAGAUGGAGUGAUGAGGGCAGCAGAGAGACAAAGUCAUAUGGGGAGCAUGAAGGACUUCAGUAUGGACUUUGGCCACUGUCCAGAAAUUACAGUGUAUACUGGCUGCUGUUUGUUCCCACCUGUUGAGCAGCUUGCCACACUCUGGGCUGAGAACAAGAAGCCUCUCCUCAGCAUGCUGGUGGAGGUCCAUAAAGGGGUGCGUGGUUUGGUGAGGGACAAGAGCGGAAAGCCUGUUGUUGGGGCGAUCAUUGUGCUGAAUGGUGGAGUCAGAGUCUAUACUACAGAGGGUGGCUACUUUCAUGCGCUGCUCGCUCCUGGCAACCACAACAUUGAAGCUGUUGCUGAUGGCUACCAACAACAACGUCAAGAGGUGGUGAUAUCUUCCUAUGAAGCUGCUAGCUCCAUCAUCAUUGAGUUUGACAUGGACAACAGCAUCUUUGGCCUGCCCAGAGAGUUUGUGGUGGCUAGUGCAGCGGCCUCUAUGACAGCGUUAGUGGUGACGGCGUGCAUCAUCUGGUGUGUCUGCGCAGCCAAGUCCAACCGUCAAAAAGAUGGCUUCCACCGUUUGCGGCAGCACCGAGAUGAUUAUGAGGAUGAGAUCCGGCUCACCUCUAUGGGCUCCAAGAAGUCACUGCUUGCCCACGAGUUUCAGGACGAGAGUGAAAGCGACGAGGAGACGCUGUAUGCCAACAAAAUCUGAUAACCGUUUCACCAGUUUGGCUGUUGGCUCAAUAUUUUUAUUUUGAUCCCCCCUCUUUAAUUUAACCACUGACCAAGAAAGAACAGGUUGAACUCUAGGCAGCAUCUCUGUCUCUCUUCAUGACCAAUAUAUGAGAGUGAUAAAGAAACUUUGUUCUGUUAUACCAACAAGCUGUGAGGGCUCACUCCCAGUCAUUAGUACUACAAAAUUAAUACUUAAAGAGCAUCCUGCUGGUGUCUGGGUGUCUCUACCUGACUGGAUCAGGAGAAAAAGACAAAGAGAAUGUGAUUUUAAAAAGAGGGAGAGAGAAAUAAAGGUUUGGUCCACUGUGGACCUCAUCCGUCCAGGUUUUGAGUCCUGCAACCUUUUUCAUUUCCGAGCCACGCAACAGCACUCUUUCAGACCGCUACCUGUCCUGCCUGGCUGAGGGGUUCCUGCCGAUAAGUCCAAAUAACUCUCGUUUAGUGGAUGUGUAAUGAGCUCUGGAUGGAUGUGCUUUAUUUCACACAAUCUCCCCACUGAUAUCAUUAAUUUCUUUCAAUACUGCUUUGAGCUAGCAAAUUAGAAAUUAUAUCUUCUUUUUAUCUAAGACAGCAUUGCCACAUUGACAUGUCCAAGCCUUUGUGAGACUGAAUCCAAUACUGUGCCUUGGCUUCUGUAAAGUUUACAGUCCACUCGGGUUGUAUGUGACAGAAAGCAGCAACAUAGCGAGUAGAUUAUACCUAGUUUGUUCUGGAAUUUGAUUCAUCCUAUACUCAGGUGGUAGGAAAAGAGAGAAGUUAUGAUUGAAAGACUGCUGAAUUUCGAUGUUGCACGCAGAUGACUAGGCUGGGUUCAGUAGUUUUGUAUUUUUCCAGGGAGUCAAUGUUGUGGCCCAAAUCAUAAUGGGAGCGAGCUUCUCAAAAGCUUUAAAGCAUCAGGGAGAAUCUGUUACCAAUGAAAUGCUUGAAUGAAACCCUUCUUAGUAAGUGCAGGGUGCUCUAAUGUAUGCAUGGAGGUCACUUGCACUAAAUGGAAAGCAAACGUUGUCCCAUAUCAUUGGCCAGGGAAACAAAACUUUGAAUCUCUAAGUCAGUAAUAAUAAAAAAGAAUGUAUUUGUGGUUUUUUCCUUUUUGUUUUAACUAGAAGUUUGUGAUGGGACAAUUCCCAACUGUCUGUACAUGGAAAGUCACUGCUGACUUUUGUUUUGUCAUAUUGAGUCUGCACCCUGUUUUUUGGAUUAAUUUCAUUUGAAUAUGUUGGUGUUUAUUCCCCUGACUAAACAAUACUUUUGAGUGCAAAAGUCAUACCAGGUUUGUCCGUCCAUUAACGAUCACUGUCAGAGCCACCCAUUCUACACGAUUUAAAGGUCCAGUGCAAAGAAAUGCAUAUUUCCCACACUUAUUGUAAAACAAGGGGCAUAUAGACGAUAAUCCAUUCGACUGUGAGGUUAUGGCUCGAAUGGCUGUGAAAAAGCUAGACCAUGGAAAUUGAACUUGCUUGCUGCAGUAUGCAGAUACUCGUCCUUCAGCCACAUGUCAGGGACAAUGAAAACAAGGCUACUGACAGAUUGCCUAAGUGGCUUUAAAGAACAAUGUUUUCUUGUGUGAAAUUAUAAGUAAUUCUCUUGUGUGUUACAGAAGCUCAUUAGUGAUUGGAUGACAAAAUUUGAGUUGGGGUAUAAUGACAAAUCAAGGCAGGUUGGAAUGCAGACAUGGCGAGUUUAUAGGAGACGAAAAAGCGAGACCUCUGUGUUGUGCAAAUCAGAUGAACUGCCAAAAACCAAAAGUGUGGUUUUCUUUACAUCUUAGAGCUGUGUUUAACCAAGAAUUGGUGCACUAGAUCAUUAGUCAUCACUUACAUAUACACACCUGUUCACUAAAGAAUCUGCCUUCCAGGUCCUUCAAGAAGAGAUUAUUUCCUUCUCCUUUAAACAAAUGCAGCUGUCAGCAGUAAGGUGAAACCUGAUAUCUGUGUAGCGAGACAGAUUUGUACAUUAUUUUUUUUCUUUCUUAUACUGGAUCUGUGAGUGCGUGUGUAUGAAUUUUGAAAGUUGAGCGUGUGUCAGGUCACACAGUGUUGGUGAGAAGAUUUUAUAUCUAACUGGAAUCAACUGUAAAUAAUGUUUGCCACUUCUGAAUGGGAAAAUAAGUGUGAUUCAUGUUAACUAUGAAUAUGCUCAACAAAGCAUUUCACAAAAACCUCUGUGUUACAUGCACAAAAACUCAUGAAACAUGGUGAAAUAAAACCUCUCACAACGUC